CCAGAAGACCCAUCCGAAUGACGUUUAAUGCAUAAACCCCCUUACUGUUUCUAGGAAACUUUUGCGUUGCGGCGUCCGGCGACCAAGUGUUUUCUUUUCUGAAACCGGCCACCCAGGAAAAGGCAGCGGGACAUCGUCGUUCUUUCGACAUCGCAUGAGCGAAGAUUGCUGACCGCGUCCUCUCCUGCCUGCGACGAUCAAUCGCUGAAACUCCCGUAGCACGAGUUUUCACGUUUGCCUUGUUUCAGGUGUGCUGUUCUCCGUCAUCUCUGGGUACAUUGGAGACGCUUCACGUAGUAGCACAAGUUACAAAAGUGAAGCUAGUAGAAUCCAUUUUGCCAUUGGAUGCUGCAGAACCUUAAUUAUUUCUUGGUGGACAUCAAUAUGAGAAUUUUGGUGUACAUAAGGAUGUAGGUCCAGCAGCAAAUGUCAAGGGGUCAACUUACACGGAGGACAAAGCUGUUAAAGCACCCUCUAGAAAAAUGUAAGAGUAAAGGUGCUUGCAGCAAUGUAGUUAUUAUAGAUGUUCCAGAGACCGCUGACCAAAAGGAAAAAGGAUAUGCAGUUCCUGUGAUGGACAAGGGACUUCCUUCAAGCGAUACUAUUAUUAUUGAUGACGAAGAUAGUGUUGAUGUGCUGUCAACAAGCGAUGUUGAAGAGCUUGAUGAUGUAAACAGUAAUGCCAGUUCCACUAAAACGUGUGAGUCAUCUUCCUGCCAAGAAUACAUAGUUGAAGAUUCAGAUGAUGAUGAAUGCCAAGCAUGUGAACAUGGAAGACCAUCUUUCAGACGAUCAAAUUGUAAAGAAAGAUAUGUGAAAGGCAGAUCCUCGAAAUAUGGACCCAGUUGUAGUUAUUUCUCUCACAUUAGUUCAUCAUCAGAAGAUGAUGAUUCAGACUGUGAACUUUUGGAACCUUCGGUAGAAAUUCGUGCAGAGUGGGAGAAGGCUGCCCUAAGAAAGCAAAAAGGGAAAGGCCAUCGGAAUGAUCAUUUUGAGGUUGAGGAUCAAACCAGUGUAUCUGGUUUCAGUACCAAUCCUAAAACCUUUUCAUGCCAUACUCAAACGAAAGUUGAUGUAGGAAACGAAAUACACAUUGAUCACAAUUUUGAGAAUGAGCAAUCUACUGAGGCGCCAACCUCUUCCAACUCUGACAAUGGAGUUCAUGGUGGUGAAGGGGAGAACACAUCAAGAUGUGCAGGUACUGCUAAUGGGUCUAUCGAAGACAUGUUUAGUAGACCUGCCGAAAGUGAAGAUAUUGCAAGUUCUGUUUGCCAUUUGUCAAAAUCUUCUGUCCAAAAUCCAGAUUUUGAACAAGUUGAUUCUAGUAAUAUCAACUUAGGACUUGGGAAGGAAAGCAUUUUUGGAGAACAAAAUCUUUCAGAGAGAAAGCUGCAAAAUGACUCAUCUAAAUCGGUCUCAUCUUGUAAAGAAGAAGUUGGUUUGCUUGAGUUUCAAAAUGAUCUCAUUGGUGAUAGAGAGAAGCUGAAGGCUACUGAUGCUUACAGACUUGCUGAUCAAGAAGAAUGGGAAUCUAGGCACAGGGAGCUGCGGAUGCAGGCAGAGGAAGCUCAGCGUCUACGGAAAAGGAAAAAAGCGGAAACAUUGCGGUUGUUGGAUAUGGAAAGAAGACAAAAACAACGACUUGAGGAAGUACGGCAGACACAAAAAAAGGAUGAGGAGACAAUGAAUUUGAAAGAGCAGCUUCGUACUGAAAUUAGAAGGAAAUUUGAUCAGUUUGAGUUUAUAUACAGAGAUAUGGCUUCACUGCUUCGUGGUCUAGGCAUUCAGGUUGGAGGAACUCAUUAUCCGACCGAACAUGAGGUGAAUGCAGCUUACAAGAAGGCCCUUGUACGAUUCCACCCUGAUCGUGCUUCAAGGGGUGACAUACGACAGCAAAUUGAAGCAGAAGAGACAUUCAAAAUGAUUUCCCGUUUGAAGGACAAGCUUCCUCUCACGCUUAAUUACCUAUUUCCAGUGCCGAAACCACCAUGGUAAACUUUGUCAAUGUCGUGCGUAGCUUUCCCAUUCAUAUUUUGCACAGAAACACGUACACGUAGGAAGUAGCUUUUACUGUUUAGCUUAAGUCUCUAAUGGAGCAUUCCCCGUGUAUGAUUUUGGUCUAACCGUGAGAACGGUUCUUCCGUCACACAAUUUGUCAAACCCAUUGGCUAUGUUUAUAAAAGUAAGAGCCUCUCUCCUAUUUUUGUUCC